CCACAGAAGAAGAAGAAGCGCAUCAGCUGGCGGCCGUGACGUCAGCAGCGGAAGAGGAUUGAGAGCCGAUGUUUGCGCUGCUCAUAAUAACCCCCUGAAACAGAUCCAACAACAGCUUGCAGAUGUCUGAGGACGUCUAUGAGAAGUUCCUGGCUCCAGAAGAGCCGUGUCCGCUGCUGUCUCAGAGAGGGAACCUCAGUGAAGAUGCUACGCUGGACGUCAGUGACUUCGGCUGCCAGCUGUCCUCGUGUCACCGCACAGACCCGCUCCACCGCUUCCACAGCAGCAGGUGGCACCUGACCUCCUGCGGCACCAGCGUGGCCAGCUCAGACUGCAGCGAGGAGCUCUUGUCCUCCGUGUCUGUGUGUGAUCAGGACGACUGCUACUCGCUGCUGGACGAGCAGGAGCUGGCCUCCUUUGAGCUGUUCCCCGAGGGCAGCGUGUGCAGCGAUGCGUCCUCCUCCAUCAGCACUUACUGGGACUGGUCCGACAGCGAGUUCGAGUGGCAGUUACCGGGCAGUGAUAUAGCCAGCGGCAGCGAUGUGCUCUCCGACAUCAUUCCCAGCGUGCCCAGCUCACCCUGCCUCGCGGCCAAACGGAAAAACAAACCGCACCGAAACCUGGACGAGCUGCCCUGGAGCGCCAUGACCAACGACGAGCAGGUGGAGUAUAUUGAGUAUUUGAGUCGAAAAGUGAGCACAGAGAUGGGACUUCGGGAGCAGCUGGACAUCAUAAAAAUAAUCGACCCGAGCGCACAGAUUCUGCCGACGGACAGCGAGUUCAUCAUCGAGCUGAACUGCCUCACCGAUGAAAAGCUCAAGCAGGUGCGGAGCUACAUCCGCGAGCACGGUCCGCGGCAGCAGCGCAGCGUGAAGAGGAGCCUGGCGAGCAGCGUGAGCGCUCACAGCAGCAGUGACGCCAGCAUCACCAGCAGCAGCAUCAGCAGCAGCAGCGCCUCCACCGCCUCCAGCAUCAGCCGCGCUCACAGCGACGGGAACCUGGCCUCCGCCGCAGAGAGGAUACGAGACUCCAAGAAGCGCUCCAAGCAGAGGAAGCUGCAGCAGAAGGCUUUACGCAAGCGUCAGCUGAAGGAGCAAAGACAGGCUCGUAAGGAGAGACUGAGCGGUCUGUUCCUGAAUGAGGAGGUGCUGUCUCUCAGAGUCCCGGAGGAGGAGGACCACUGCGAUGACCUGGACGUGCUGAUGUGACCCCAGUGACACUUCAGUGUUCCUUCUAUGCCUCCUCCUCCUCCUCCUCAUCAUCACACACACACACACACACACACACACACAGCAGUUUAGCUUGCAGCGCUGCAGUCUCAGAGCACUCACCGGUGAGCCCAGGAACCAAGUAUUAACAUACAUCAGACUAGUGCACGACAGAAACACUAAUAGAUGUCUGCUGCACCUCCUCCAGGUGUUUGGACAUCAUACACAUGGGGAACUAAUGCCAGAGACGUUUCACUAUAGCAAAAAACAUACAGGCAAACCAAAAACUGUUCAGACACCUUCAACAUGUCUCACAUUAUAUCAACGUUUAUUCGCUAUAGUUGAGAAAAUGGUAAUAAAAUAUGAGAAGAGCUCCGAGUUAAACCGUGUCAGAACAAACUCAUCUUGAUAAUGUCAGAUAACUUUGAUAGAAAGCUAUGUAACAAAACAUGCUCAGGUCAAAUGGUCAAAACUAAUUUUUGGACUUAAAAUUGAUCAAUUUUUACUGGUAGCCCUCUGUAUGAAGAAUGUUUGGGUAUAAUAUGUCACAGUUUACUUUAUUUUGCUAUCCUCACUCAUAAAUGAACUAUAGUGUAAAAUCAAACAUUAUAUCUGCUGUCUGAAUAAGUUUUGGUUUAACUAUGUGUGUUAUUAAACACUCCUCACUAGAAAAAAUAAAUGAUUAAGUACAUAAACCUAAUUGUAUGUGAUAGCAAGUUUAAAACACACUUGGUACUAACGAUUCUGUAGAAAGACAAAAAGACGUUCUGCUCUUACCCAGAAGACACCUUUCUAUAGCAGCGCCGAUAAAUUUGUGCUGGACGUCUGCAUUAAAGCAUCACAUCUCAAACAACAUUCUUCAAUAGCAGUGAAAGGACAGAGAAGAGCGUUUUGUAUUUCAUCACUGAUCAUUUCUUCAUAAUAUGCACAUGAGUUAUUGUGUAAUCAUUGUUAGCUGAACUCAGGCUUAGAGGGAACACUGACAGCUGAAGUCGUCGCCUCCGCUGUGUCUCUGCUUUGAUUAGAAAUGGCAUGAAAUUAUGCUUUGGAACUUUUUGACAUUCAAAUUUCAUAUGAAAAUCUAAUAGUACACAAUACCUUUAAACAUGUUCAUCGACUAGAAAAUAUCACUUGUGCUCUCCUAGGCAAAUCAGAGAAAGUAACAUUUCAUAACUUUUAUUGUGAUUAUAUUUAUAUAAUCUGUGUUAUAGAGUGGAAGUGAGGAGAAUAGGUUUUAGUGUAAAAUUACACGCAUUCAUUGUCUUACAUGUUUUGUUUCGGUCAGAAUUUGUUUGCUUGCAACACUUUUUUUUUUGUUAAACUUGCAUACGUGUUAUUUAAGCUUUCUUUAUAAAUGUAAGCUUUGCUGUAUUGCAGAUGUACUAUUUGAACAAUGAUUUUCCCAAAAAAGUUUAGUUGCAAAAUGUCUAAAUAACACACUUCUAUUGGUUACACCAUUUGUAAGACAGCUACAUAGAUAUUUUGAGUCAGACAUAAAUGUAAGUUAGUAUGACUUAACUGCUUUCCUGAAAUGUCUGAAUAUUCUUCAUUUUAACUAAAUAAAAUCAAAGUAUGACGUGGAUGAGUUGUGAAAUAUAUUGAACAUCAAACUGCUUUUGUGUCAGUUAAUUAUAUACUGUCUUGACAUGAAAUAUGUUUAAGCAUUUAAAUCCAUGAUUACUUCAGUUUCUAUUGCUGGUUCAUGUAAAGCUAAUGCUUUCUUUCGAUAGCUACAGUUAGUGUAGUCUUGACACAUUCACGUGAGAAAUUG